AUGGAACGUCCUUGGGCGGAUUUCACCAUGAGGAGCGACCCUCUGAUUUUUACUUCCAACGGGGCUAUGGAGGAGUUGGUGUACGAGCUCCGGCUGUUCCUGGACCUGCUGGACAGGGAAUACCUCAGCGCCGGAAUCCGAGAGAAGAAAACGCACCUUUCCAACAUCCUCAACAGAGUCCUGUCGGAUAAAGAGCCGUUAUGUAAAGCAGAGAUCCACAACGGGCUCCCGGCGCCGCCUCAGAUGCCGCUGCCUGAAAUCCCUCAUCCCUGGCUGGCUCCGAAUAACGGCGCUCCUCCUCUCCCCAGCUCGUCUCUACCAGAAGGUUACUACGAAGAAGCCGUGCCGUUAAGUCCCGGGAAAGCUCCGGAAUACAUCACGUCAAACUACGACUCGGACGCCAUGAGCAGCUCGUACGAGUCGUACGACGAAGAAGAAGAGGACGACAAGGGUCAGAAGACGCGCCACCAGUGGCCCUCUGAAGAGGCGUCCAUGGAUUUGGUGAAGGACGCCCGGAUCUGUGCUUUUUUGCUACGCAAGAAACGCUUCGGACAGUGGUCCAAACUUCUUUGCGUCAUUAAAGAUAACAAACUUCUGUGCUACAAGUCGUCCAAAGACCACACGCCACAAAUGGAGCUCACCCUAUCCGGUUGCAGCGUCACCCACGUCCCCAAAGACGGCAAGAAGAAACGACAUGAGCUGAAGAUCGUCCAUCAGGGGGCGGAUGCCCUGGUGCUGGCUGUGCAGAGCAAGGAACAAGCUGACCAGUGGCUCAAGGUCAUGAGAGAGGUGUGCGAUAACGGCACUUUUGAAUUGGAUCGCUCCGGAUCCCCGGUCAACAAACCUGAACUUGAAAAGAAAUCCUCAUGUGACAGACCGAGCUCGGACGGCGAAGCCACACAUGAGAACGGACACUUUGAGAACAAGGACCACGGAAAAGGGAAGAAGAAUUCCAAGUCGGAGCAGGGUAAAACCGGGACGGUCGGUAAAGGCGCCGGGAAGAAGAUCACCAAAAUCAUCGGGCUGGGCAAGAAGAAGCCGUCUAUGGAUGAGCAGACUUCGUCAGCGGAGGAAGAUGUACCCACAUGCGGCUACUUGAACGUCCUGUCAAAUAACCGUUGGCGCGAACGCUGGUGCCGUCUGAAAGACAACCAGCUGCUGCUGCACAAGGACCAAGACGACCUGAAGAGCCACAUGGCUUCGCUGCCCCUCCGAGGCUGCGAGGUCAGCCCCGGCCUGGACCACAAACACCCGUUUGCCUUCCGCUUGCUGCGCAACGGUCAAGAAGUAGCUGUGCUGGAGGCAUCCUCCUCCGAAGCCAUGGGUCGCUGGCUGGGGGUCCUGCUAGCCGAGACUGGCUCCACCGCAGAUCCGGCCACCUUGCAUUACGACUACAUUGACGUGGAGACCACCGCCAACGUCAUUCAGUUGGCCAAACAAUCCCUCUGUUUUACCAGUAAGCGCGCCAUCUCUCCUAACCCGUACUUGGACAACCAGGGCGGUAGUUACGCCUGCCCCACUGGGACGGCUCUGCACUACCAUGACGUACCUAUCAAUGGAAUGCAACCCAGCAACGACGGAAAGGAUGACAACUCCUAUGAAAACGUGCCUUCGGCCAAGCCGACCGCCUCUACGAAUCUCUAUAAAACUCCUGUUUCUAAAGUUUCUUCUAAGUUCCUCACUGCUGAUGCUAAAAGCAAAGAUGCUACUCAGCUGAAGGGAAAGAAGGGAAGCGCAAGCAAUGGGUUGGCAUCCAAACAGAAGACAGAUGCAAAAAGUCAGCAAAAGAAGAACGGAGUCAGUUGCAUCAACGGGUCGGCUUCACUGAAACGCAACAACUCCGAUGCAGAGCAAUGUAAAUACGGGAAAAACCGCGUGGAGGCGGAUGCCAAGCGACUGCAGGCCAAAGAUGAUGAGCUGACCAAGAGGAAACUGGACAUUAGGAACCAUCUGUCUGCUCUGAAGAAGGAACGCAAGGACCUGCGCGCCGCGAUUGAGGCGGCUUCAGGCAAGCGAUCGCAGGCCUCCCUGUCGGAACGAUUGAAGAAGGUAGAGGAUGAGUGCAGACAGAAGGAAGAAGAGCGAGUCAAUCUGGAACUGGAGCUGACCGAAGUCAAAGGCAGCCUAAAGAAGGCUCUGAGCGGAGGGGUCACUCUUGGCCUCACAAUUCAACCAAAAUCCGCAUCCGCCCCUGUCCAGUCGCCGGCGGUCUUACGGCGCGUCCAGGGGUCUUCGCCCUUCUCCAGCUGCGACACCAGCGACACCGAGUCCUGCUCCCUGCCGGUCAACAGCGCCUCCCUUCUCCGCCGCCAGCAGGGCAUCCCCAAACCUUCCCCGGUCCGAGGACACGUCCUGAGGAAGGCCAAGGAAUGGGAACAGAAGAGUGGAACAUAA